AUGUCGCAACCAGACUUUCUCCCCAUUCCCUCAAGUCAAAUGGGAGGCGCUAUCACCGUCAACGUUUUUGCCCUCCUCUCCACUCUUGCGCUGGUUUCCGUUGCCCUCAGAGUAAUCUGGCUGGCCAUUCAACGCUAUUGGUUCAAACGAAUUGAAAAGCCUCAAGAAUAUGUUUUCUUCGACACGCAACUCGGUCAAUACGCUGCAUGUUUAAUCAUCGCGAUGAUGUUCAACACUAUUGCUGGAAUAAUCGGGAUGCCAUGGCUGUUUAUGCGGGGAGUCACCGAGGGUAACAUAUGCAGAUCCCAAGCCCUCGUGAUGCAAAUCGGCAAUAUCUCUGCUGGGUACUUUACAGUCACAAUCGCUGUCCAUACCUUUUGUUCUUUGGUUUUGAGGAGGCGUCAAUCCGCUGCUAUAUGCCGGUCAAUAAUUGCGUUGGGGUGGUCCUUAGCCUUGUUCAUUGCGGCGGCGCCAUUCCUUAUUCGCGACAGUGCAGGUUACGUAUAUGGCGCAGAUGGGUUAGCCUGUGGAGUGCGAUCGAUUUUUCCAAGACUCCAAUUCCUCUUCCAUUUACUGCCAAUUCUCAUCGCCUCGACACUCGGCGCCGUCUUGUACUCUCUUAUCUAUUUGGUCCUCCGUGGUACUUUGGCGAUCAAGGGUGGCCUCAAAGUAACUCUCAACCCCCAUGAGCGAUGGAGAAAUGGGGAGGGUUUGGGGGAGAACUAUCAUCGCUUUGUGGCGCGAGUUGCCAGAAGCAUGCUGUGGUAUCCUGUCGCGUACAUCGCUCUUCUGGUUCCCUACUCCACGAUGCGGCUGCUGAUCAUUUCUGGAUUCGACGUUCCGUUUGAAGCUGUGAUUUUCGCCUUUGUAUGCUGGUAUCUCCUGGGUGUUGUUGAUGUGCUACUGUUGUACAACACCUUCCGUGUCCUCGGUCCUGCCUUCGAUGGCGGACACUCUUCAGCAUCCAAAGAUAUCGAAGGCUCGGCUCCCGCAAGCCCUAACGAGAAGUACAGCCCCUCGAUCGAAGAGAAGGUCGAUAUGUAUCGCACGCAAGGCACUUUCCCCUCUCGUAAUGUCAGCGUGCGGUCAAAUUGGUCGGCAAGUGCCAAGUCGACACAGAACCUUAUUCAACAUGAGAGGAGCAUAUCAGAUCUCAGUAUUCUUACCCGUCCCACUCCUGCGGCUGCCAUAAUUGGUCGUUCUAUCACUCCCGCGUCAGACUACAACUGGGUUGUUUCAUCACCCAUGCCUGUUACCUCUCCGACGACAGGAGGGCGGGAAAAGAUCAUUAGCCGCGAGGCCUCCUAUUCGUCUACCGGACUCCCCGCUCCCCCUCGCCGGAUACGAUCUCUCAGGUCAACAACCCAGCAGGAUACGCUGAGUCGCCAGCCUUCGACUAGGAUCGACGAAGAAAGUCUUUAUGGCGAAGAAUGGGUGUCUCGUGAAGGUUCGACCCGCACGUUUGGCCAAUACGAUUCGCCCAGAGUUCCGUCCUGGUCAUCGGAAGAACUCGGCAGGUUAGGUCGGUCUCCUCGGCCUUUGCUCACCUCGGUCAGCACCUCUUUUCCCCGACAAGUUUCCCCCAGGUCUCCGCCCCAAUCAGCGACACCCUUCUUCGAACGCGAUCGCACGCGCGCUAUCGGUGGCUCUUCCCCCAGCCCCGCCUCAUCGCCAACGAACCGGCACAGACCAUUGCUUUUAGGUCGUGGUAAUGGUUCGAUCAGUAGUAUCCAAUCUGGAACAGGUUCCGCGAGAGUAUCUCCCUCGUUCUAA